AUGCUCUGUCAUCACGUCCAACGGGUCGGCGUUCGUACAGUGUCCGACGAGCAACAGCACUACCAAAACGCCAAGGUCUCAAGGCAAGCGUUCGAGCUCGUUGUCCAGAAUUUGAUUGGAAACUUGCGAUCGAAGGUAGAGGAAAUGGAACCAUUGUUCGAGAAUAUUCUCCACCACAGUAGUACAUUGAAACAGCCGGUUAUUCACAUCCAGCAAGCGGCUCAAAAGUGGCAUAGGCCAGUAUUCGCUCGGCACGACACGCAAAUCGUACGCCUCAAUUGGAGCGGUGUUGAUUGA